ACUCCGCUCCUUCGAGGACGAGGAGCUAGGGUUUUCCGUACCGAUGGCCGUCGCCGACGCGGUGCUGCCCUCGCCGCCGCCCCCGCCGCCGCCCCCGUCGGCGCGGACCGUUGCCGUGCGCUUCGCCCUCGCCCCGAUGCUGGCGCUCGGGCGCGUCCUCUGCGUCGCGGCGGGAGCCCUCGCCUGCCUGUGCUUCGCCACUGCGUGGGUCACCUCCGCGGCCGCGGCUGCGCGGAUCGUGGCGCGCCGCGCCUUGGGCAAGGCCUCCGCCCCCUUCCUCUUCCUCGAGGCGCUCAUGUACGGGGCUUUCAAGGUCUACCUCUACAGCUUCCUUGUGUUCCUCGCGCUUGCCGUCCUGUUGGCGUGCGUGACCUACGUGAUUGCACUUGUAUCUGGAUCCACUUCGGGAUUCAACAAGAGCGCCUCUGGACCAAUCACGCGGGAGUCGGUUGCAGGCUUGUUUCUGCGCCUCGCGGUGUUUGGAUUUGUCGCGGAUGUGGCCUUCUUCCUGCUAGUGGUCGCUGGUCAUCUGGUAGCAAUGAUGUCGCCACAUGUGGAGGGAUCGAUAUCUCAGGGGGAAAUGGUCGGUUCUGUAAUCGAGGAUGUGGGGACAUUUGGUAUGCACGCGACAGCUUGCGUUAUGAUCCCAGCUCUCUUUCUCAGUCUCUGGAGGGCGUACCAGGCGGACAGGAAAGCACCAUCACAGUUCUGUUGAGACGAAGCUAAGAAGAGAAGGUGCCCGGAGAAUUCUGCAAGGAGCUACAGUACCCAUUCUGCUGAUGGUUGUGAGUGAUCCCAACAGAUGCAAGUUUUCAGAGGAAAAAGAAAUUUUCUGCAGACUUGCUUCUUUGUACCAUUAGUAGACGGUAGACCCUAAUCGCCAUUAGCCAUGAAAACUUUUGUAGACGUGCUUCUUUCUGCUAUCAGUAGAUCCUAAUCGUCAAUGGCCAUGAAGUUUCUUGGGCCAUUAAUUAUGAGUCUGUUGGUGAUAUUUGGUACUCCUCACUAAGCUUGCACUAGAGUAUUGGUGUAUAUAUGAUGGUGGAAUUUGUUAGUGAUCUCUUUGUACUACCCUAUUGGAAGAAAAUGCUUCCGUGAGACAUUAA